AUGCCUGCGAUCGAGAGAAAUAUCGAAAAGAUCCGAGGGGAUGGUCUGUCCCUGAGGAUCGCGUCGAACGAACGUGUCCUGGAGAUCGUCGGCGACGGAUGCACCGUGACCAUGGGUAAAAAUUCGGGGUGCGUUCGUGUGAUCGGAGACGGGUGCCGCUUGAGGAUCGAUCUUAAUCUCGGGAACGUCGAGUACACGGGCGACGGUGGUCGUGUAUUGUUGGGCGCGUUAUCGUCCGGGAACAAUGUGAAGUACGUCGGCGACGGUGGCAAAAUAUCGGUGGACGGUGAACAGAAAUCGAGAGGAAAGAGAACGUCCAAAAAAUGCGUUCCAAUGGAAAAAAUCGUUAAGAACGAAGACACGAUAAAUUCCGUGAAGAAGGGAGCCUCGAAGACCGUCGAGGAAAAGGAUAAUAUCUUGAACUCGAAGAGAGAGGGGACAGUUGUGGUGGUGAAGAAACAGGUGAAAAUCGUUACCAGGCUGCACUGCGACGAGGAACUCGCUAGACGAUGGUUCGUGAACCCUGGAUCGGUGGUUCGUUCGUUCGAUGGGUCAUUCGUGAGGAUCGGACCGAAGGGGGGAAAGACUGAAAUCAGAGUUAAAUAG